UCCCCCCUCUCUCUCUAAAAACCCAACACAAAGAGAGACAGAGAGAGUGUUUUGUUUUAGUUGUCUUAAAUGAUCAGAGCGAUCGAUCUCUGUACUUAACACGACGGCGUUUUGCAGGCCACCUUCCAAAUUCCACUCCAUUAUUGCAUAUCCAACAAAUUAAACCGAAAAUUUGCAGGCCCUUUUGUAUACAUGGCCGGAAUUUGAGAAGGUAAGGAACAUUGGGUUGGUGAAAUUAUGACGGGGUUGUUAUAUUUAGGUGGUAAACAAGAGGAUGAUCAAGAACAAAGAGGAAGAGAGCAGCAAUUGUUUUUGUACAAUAGUAGAAACAACGAGGAGAUCUACUCCAAGGGGUUGGAGAUAUGGCCACAAUAUGGGCAGCAGCAUCAAGCGGUGGAGAAUUACAUUUCCUUUGGAGUGGGGCCGAGUAGGAUGAACUUGAUGAUCAACGCCUCUGAUCAUGAGUUUACGAUGAUGAGACAAGGAGCUGCUACUGGCGGCGGUGGAGGUGGGAUUAAUUGCCAAGAUUGUGGGAAUCAAGCUAAGAAAGACUGCUCCCAUUUGAGAUGUCGGACUUGUUGUAAGAGCCGAGGGUUUCAGUGUCAAACCCAUGUUAAGAGUACUUGGGUUCCGGCUGCCAAGCGUCGGGAACGACAACAACAACGACAACAACAAUUUCGACCAGAUCAGUUUGAUCAAACCACUCACAAAUGCCAUCGAGAAACUCAACCUUCUAUUCCCCCUGCCACGGUCACCUCAGGGUUAGAACUUGCACAUUUUCCAGCUGAAUUCAACUCCCCAGCUGUUUUCCGCUGUGUCAAAGUCAGUGCCAUUGACAAUGUAGAAGAGCAAUUAGCAUAUCAAACAGCUGUGAACAUUGGUGGCCAUAUGUUCAAAGGCAUUCUCUACGACCACGGUCCCGAAACCAGCCAGAAUUUAAGCACCGGUGGUGAGAGCUCGUAUAGCCAUGGCGGGGAUGACGACGGGCAAGGCUUGGAUCUGGUGAUCGGAGCGUCCAACAGCUUCGGGAGAGUUAACCCAUCCGCCUCAUUCGUGGAGUCUUCACUAUAUCCUAUCCCGAUCAACACGUUCACCCCGGGUAUGCAAAAUUUCCCUUCCUCAAGAACAUAAACAAUGUGUUCGAGCUGAUUCCGUUCAAUUCAUAAUAACGAAUCCUUGAUUCUAUAAUGUGUUGGAUUAAGACAUUAAGACAUUGGAAUGUAUACCAACCUAAGGUAAUUCUAUUUUAAU